AUGGAUGAAUUCCUGAACGAUAACCCGGAUUAUCUCAGCGAUUAUGUGCUGAAUAACGUGUCCACUGAACAGAUUGAGAGAUGGCUUAUACGCAAGAAUCGUAACAAAAAGUCAAGCCUUUCCCGAUAUAAAUUUUGCGUGCACGCGGAUAAGCGCAAAAUGCUCCAGUCCCUCACCAACAUGUUGAGCCAGGACACGCCCCAACGGACGUACGUACUGAACGAACUGUCCGCUACCAUAGCGUCGGCCGUUAACGCCAGCCAUUGGCACCUAUUCCUCAUCGACUGGAUCUCCCAAAGCGAACAGGAUAGUAACCAGUUCGAGAAUAUUAGCCGUUUGGCGCACCAUAGAAACGUGGACAAUACGGACAUGACCCUGGCACUUUAUGUAUCCAAGUUCAAAAAAGCUAUUACCUGUUGUGUCGAUGAAUACGAUAGCCGUUUCCCAAAUGGUGUACCCAAGGCUCCCCAGUGCACCUCAUUCGCCAUGGCGCUGCCUAUUGUGCAGUCGGACAAUACCAUAAUUGGGGUACUCGAGUUAUACCGUAAGAAAGGGUCGCCAUAUUUCUUCGAGGAGGACGAGGAGGUUCAGUAUACUCGUAAUUGCUAG